GAUACAACCAUCCCUCGCUCAUCAAAGUGAUGUCCAACCCCAACAAUAUGGUAGGUAGGGAGGGAGGGAGGGAGAGAGGGAGAGAGAGAGAGGGAGGGAGAGGGAGAGGAGGGAGGGAGGGAGGGAGAGAGGGAGAGGGGAGGGAAGGAGAGAGAGAGGACGGAGGAGAGAGAGGAGAGGAUGGGGACGGAGGGAGACGGACUGCUGGGAGGGAUGGGAUAGUGGGAGGGCACGGUCGUGGACGCGGGGUAGGGUUGGCCCGGGGUUGGGGGGAGGGGGAGGUUUCUUUUUUUUUCUUGGAGGGAGAUGGGGGUGAUUGACGAGGUUUGGGAGGCGAGGGGGGGUUUGGGGGAGAGGGGUAGGGGGGGAAAAUGCUUUUUGUUUUUUCUUUUUCAACACAAAUAAAACAAUUAAUAAAGUCCCUUGUAGUGACUGCCUAUUACGGCUUAUCAUUUAUUCACAUUACUUUACUUUAAUACAAUAUUUCAGUUGUGUAUAUUACAUUUGUUUUAACUGAUCAUCUCAUCUCUAUAGAGCUGCUGCCUAUGCUGUCUGAAGUAAAUAAGGCAUACUUUUAUGACUGCUGAAUACCAACUAUCAAUCACGUAGAUCAUGAAGUAACUGCUCUUUGUCGCUCUCCAUCACGCUUUCUUCUGUCCCGUCUGUGCCUCUCUGUGUCUGCCCUCACACAGACCGGAUAAGUAGGCAUACAAUGGAUUAUGGUCAUUGUAGUUCAUUACCACGUUUUCUGAGCUAAACUAUGUAGAACGUUGGCCUGUUGGAAACUACAACUCCAUACUACAUCGCACAGUUCGGGCUUGAUCUGAUUUAUCUCUAGAGGAACUGCGCAAUGUGCGCAUUGAGCUCACAGAAAAAAUGAAAUGGAAUUCAAAUAAUCUCUGUUAUUGAAAACCGAUCAGAAGACAUUGGAGUUGAGCAUCUCUCCCCACGUUUAUCUGACAGUCCUGCUUAGUUCCCCAUGUUUUCCUCUCUGUCUCUCUUUCUCUCUCUCUCUCUCUUUCUCUCUCCCUCUCAGAGUGCGUUUGUGAACAGGCCAGCUCUUGGGAUCAUGCCACCUGAGAACUUUCCGGAAAAGCUGGCGGAAAGCCUUCUCUCAGUGAGUGCCACACACACAUACACUUUGCAUACACUCAAGCUUCAGGCAGCUUUUAACAGAAAGACAAAAAAUAACAAUUAUUUAAUGAAAGACCAGAAACUAACUGGACCCCACUACUGUAGGCUGGCUUCCUCCAUUUUGUGGAUUGUGCAAUCCCUCUUGACUGGAUACAAUCCAAGACACUCCUUCCCUCCCCUCCUCUCCUCCUCUCCUCUCCUCCUCUCCUCUCCUCCUCUGUCCAGGUUGCUCCUAGUGGUAUGAGCCGUGUCCAGACCAUGGCCUGUGGAUCCUGCUCCAAUGAGAAUGCAUAUAAAGCCAUGUUCAUCUGGUACAGAGUGAGUACAUAUAAAGCCAUGUUCAUCUGGUACAGAGUGAGUACAUAUAAAGCCAUGUUCAUCUGGUACAGAGUGAGUACAUAUAAAGCCAUGUUCAUCUGGUACAGAGUGAGUACAUAUAAAGCCAUGUUCAUCUGGUACAGAGUGAGUACAUAUAAAGCCAUGUUCAUCUGGUACAGAGUGAGUACAUACACUGAGUGUACAAAACAUUAAGAACACCUGCUCUUUUCAUUACAUAGACUGACCAGGUGAAAGCUGUGUGGUCCUCUGUUGCUCAAUUGGUAGAGCAUGGCGCUUGUAAUGCCAGGGUAGUGGGUUCGAUCCCUGGGACCACCCAUAUGUAAAAAUGUAUGCACACAUGACUGUAAGUCGCUUUGGAUAAAAGCGUCUGCUAAAUGGCAUAUUAUUAUAAUGUAUUAUUAUGAUCCGUUAUUGAUGUCACUUGUUAAAUCCACUUCAAUCAGUGUAGAUGGAGGGGAGGAGACAGGUUAAAUAAGUAUUUUUAAGCCUUGAGACAAUUGAGAGAUGGAUUGUGUAUGUGUGCCAUUCAGAGGGUGAAUGGGAAAGACAAAAGAUUUAAGUGCCUUUGAACGGGGUAUGGUAGUAGGUCUCAGGCACACUGGUUUGUGUUAUUUUUUAAUACACUGAGUGUACAAAACAUUAUGAACACCUGCUUUUUCCAUGACAUGGGGGGGUUUGCUUUGUGUGUUUUGUCCACUCAGUUUUAACAUGUUGUUUCAUAGUGGUUUAUUUAUUCCCCCCCCAAAAAACGUAUUGCCCUGCAAAAUCAAUUGAGUUUGAUCUCAAUUAGCUGAUUUGUGUUCAUAUCUGAACAUUUCUGCUGUAGCGAUUAUAUCCAACCAAGAUAUCAUAUGGUAGUAGGUGUCAGGUGCACCGGUUUGAGUGUCAAGAACUGCAACGCUGCUCGGUUUUUCACGCUUUUCAAGCUCAACCGUUUCCCUUGUGUAUCAAGAAUGGUCCACCACCCAAAUGACAUCCAGCCAACUUGACACAACUGUGGGAAGCAUUGGAGUCAACAUGGGCCAGCAUCUCUGUGGAACGCUUUCGCCACCUUGUAGAGUCCAUGCCCCGAUGAAUUGAGGCUGUUCUGAGGGCAAAAGGGGGUGCAACUCAAUAUUAGGAAGGUGUUCCUAAUGUUUUGUACACUCAGUGUAUAUAUUUAUACGCACAAUAUCUAGUCAAUAUAAGCAGAAUAUAUACAAUAUAGAUUAAACACUACCAUGUUCAGCUGAGACAAUAUAUAUUAUAUAGUCAAUAUAUUUACAAAAUGUACUGUAUACGUAUGGACACAAUGGAAACAUAGUAUAUUAUCUGUCUGUCUCAGAAUAAGGAAAGAGGCCACAACAUCCCCUCUGAUGAAGACGUGAGCUCCUGUAUGAUCAACCAGGUGGGUGAAAUCUAAUUCAACAUCAUCAAGUUCUAUUAGUCUUAUGUACAGGAUACACAGUGGGUAUACAUCGUCCAAUGAAAUGCUUACUGCAGGUUCCUUCUGGACAAUGGAACAACAAUAAGAAAUAUUAAAAUGUAAGAAUAGGAACAUAAAGUAAAUGGAUCAGCAGAACAGAAUAUACAUGUUAGCAUCAGUAGAAUACAGGAAGGAACAAUAUAUAGUCCGAUAUUUACACGUGUAUUGGGGAUGGGGGCAGUGUAUAAACAGCAGUAUAAUAAGAGUAGCAGCAGUACUGUGACAUCUUGGGUCAAUGACAACGCACAAAAUGGCGGCACAGUUGCACACUUGCUAGCCAGGUUUUAGGUGAAGGUGGGGGAAACUGUGACAUCUUGGGUCAAUGACAACGCACAAAAUGGCGGCACAGUUGCACACUUGCUAGCCAGGUUUUAGGUGAAGGUGGGGGAAACUGUGACAUCUUGGGUCAAUGACAACACACAAAAUGGCGGCACAGUUGCACACUUGCUAGCCAGGUUUUAGGUGAAGGUGGGGGAAACUGUGACAUCUUGGGUCAAUGACAACGCACAAAAUGAAGGCACAGUUGCACACUUGCUAGCCAGGUUUUAGGUGAAGGUGGGGGAAACUGUGACAUCUUGGUUCAAUGACAACGCACAAAAUGGCGGCACAGUUGCACACUUGCUAGCCAGGGUUUAGUAUACAGUGGCUUGCGAAAGUAUUCACCCCCCUUGGCAUUUUUCCUAUUUUGUUGCCUUACAACCUGGAAUUAAAAUUGAUUUGGGGGGGAUGGAUCAUUUGAUUUACACAACAUGCCUACCACUUUGAAGAUGCAAAAUAUUUUUUGGGGUGAAACAAACAAGAAAUAAGAAAAAAAAGAAAAAACUUGAGCGUGCAUAACUAAUUCAACCCCCCCCCCCCCCCCCAAGUCAAUACUUUGUAGAGCCACCUUUUGCAGCAAUUACAGCUACAAGUCUCUUGGGAUAUGUCUCUAUAAGCUUGGUACAUCUAGCCACUGGGAUUUUUGCCCAUUCUUCAAGGCAAAACUGCUCCAGCUCCUUCAAGUUGGAUGGGUUCCACUGGUGUACAGCAAUCUUUAAGUCAUACCACAGAUUCUCAAUUGGAUUGAGGUCUGGGCUUGACUAGGCCAUUCCAAGACAUUUAAAUGUUUCCCCUUAAACCACUCAAGUGUUGCUUUAGCAGUAUGCUUAGGGGCAUUGUCCUGCUGGAAGGUGAACCUCCGUCCCAGUCUCAAAUCUCUGGAAGACUGAAACAGGUUUCCCUCAAGAAUUUCCCUUUAGCGCCAUCCAUCAUUCCUUCAAUUCUGACCAGUUUCCCAGUCCCUGCCGAUGAAAAACAUCCCCACAGCAUGAUGACACUGUGUUCUCGGGGUGAUGAGAGGUGUUGGGUUUGCACCAGACAUAGCGUUUUCCUUGAUGGCCAAAAAGCUCAACUUUAGUCUUAUCUGACCAGAGUACCUUCUUCCAUAUGUUUGGGGAAUCUCCCACAUGCCUUUUGGAGAACCCCAAACGUGUUUGCUUAUUUUUUUCUUGAAGCAAUGGCUUCUUUCUGGCCACUCUUCCAUAAAGCCCAGCUCUGUGGAGUGUACGGCUUAAAGUAGUCCAAUGGACAGAUACUCCAAUCUCCGCUGUGGAGCUUUGCAGCUCCUUCAAGGUUAUCUUUGAUCUCUUUGUUGCCUCUCUAAUUAAAGCCCUCCUUGCCUGUCCGUGAGUUUUGGUGGGCGACCCUCUCUUGGCAGGUUUGUUGUGGUGCCAUAUUCUUUCCAUUUUUUUAUAAUAGAUUUAAUGGUGCUCAGUGGGAUGUUCAAAGUUUCUGAUAUUUAUUUUAUAACCCAACCCUGAUCUGUACUUCUCCACAACUUUGUCCCUGACCUGUUUGGAGAGCUCCUUGGUCUUCAUGGUGCCACUUGCUUGGUGGUGCCCGUUGCUUAGUGGUGUUGCAGACUCUGGGGCCUUUCAGUACAGGUGUCUAUAUACUGAGAUCAUGUGACAGAUGAUGUGACCAUUAGAUUGCACAUAGGUGGACUUUAUUUAACUAAUUAUGUGACUUCUGAAGGUAAUUGGUUGCACCAGAUCUUAUUUAGGGGCUUCAUAGCAAAGGGAGUGAAUACAUAUGCACACACCACUUUUCCGUUAUUUAUUUUCUAGAAUUUUUUGAAACAAGUUAUUUUUUUCAUUUCACCAAUUUGGACUAUUUUGUCCAUUACAUGAAAUCCAAAUAAAAAUCCAUUUAAAUUACAGGUUGUAAUGCAACAAAAUAGGAAAAACACCAAGGGGGAUGAAUACUUUUGCAAGGCACUGUAUGUGUGUAUGUCUGUGUGGUUGUGUGUGUGUGUGAGGGAGGGAGUGCAUGUGUGCUAAGGUGCGGAGAGUCAGAGCAGGCCAUGACCUGUGUUCUGGUGUUCAUCAACAUCAUCAUCACGUUCCUCUCACCUAUUCUUUAUUAGCCACGUACACACACUAAAAACACUCUCUCAUGCUCUAAUUCUAAUUAUUGCUCUCUCUCCCUCCUUCUCUCUCCUCCUCCUCUCUCCCUUUGUUCUCCCUCUCUCCGUCUCUCUCUCCCUCCUCCUCUCUCCUCGUUCUCUCUCCCCUCUCCUUCAUUCCCUCUCUCUCUCCACUCUCCCUUCUCUCUCCACUCUCCCUCCUCUCUCUCUCUCAGAGCCCUGGCUGUCCGGACCUCAGCAUCCUGUCGUUUAUGGGUGGAUUUCAUGGCAGAACAAUGGGUCAGUCAGGUUAAAUAUUAUUACACAUCUUAUUGUUGAAUGAAAGUAAAAUAACAUAACUACUACGAGACAAAGAACUACGAAUCAUGGAGGUCAACAUCCGUGGUCUAAGAUCAAACAUCGGAGAACUAACCUAAGGAGAAAGAACCUACCGUCGUCAUCGUGGUGGAAGCAUCCCCGGGACCACCCAUACGUAAAAAUGUAUGCAAACAUGACUGUAAGUCGCUUUGGAUAAAAGCGUCUGCUAAAUGGCUUAUUAUUAUUAUUAUUAUUAUUCAUGGACUCAACUGUAAAGGACGGAGCUGACUGCAUCGCAAUACCAGGAUGCACCAUGUGCUGCCGACGAGACAGAACUGCGUCGUCAGGUGGCGGCAUUGCAGUGUAUUGCUUGCAAGGAAUCGCCAUCCACCAUGAGACCCAAAAAGACCCAAAAGACAUGGAACUGACAUGGCUUCCAGUCACCUUACACUCCCAGAAGCUCCUCAUAGGAGCUGUUUUUUAGACCUAGACACUGAAACCCAAAAUGACAGAGUUUGGUGCACAUUCUGUCAUGGUGGCGGGCGACUUCAAUGUCCACCAUGAAGACUGUCUGGAUAGCUGAACAACUGUCAUGCUGAUCGCCGGGCCCGACAGCUGCUUAGGCCUACAACAGAUUGUGGUUACUCCAACCAGAGGAGACCAAGCCCUGGGACAAAGUAUGUUUUGACGAAAAGAUCACUGACAUCACCCAUGAUGCCAUGGAGCAAUUAAUCCCCAGCAGAACUGUCACCAGAAAGCCCGGGGACAAAGUAUGUUUUGACGAAAAGUGCAGGAGAGCAGCAAGGACGGAAAAAGCGUCGCCAUUUUUUCCAACGGCUAAAAAAAACUGCUGCCAACAAGCAGAAGUUUGCCCAGGCCAGACAUGUUCAACCAGGCUGAGAAGCAAGCUAGAAGGAACCAUGAUAUCAAACUCACAGAGGAACUCACUGAUAACACCCUAAUCAGCAAGAGAUGGUGGAGGCUUUGUCAACUCCCUUUCUGGGAGAGCUGCUAACUCUGAUAUCCCUGUCAUCAUACACCACGACAUAGCACACAUCACUGUAACGUAACAAAAUGUGGGAAGGUCAAGGGUCUGAAUACUUUCUGAAUGGACUGUAUCUGUUCCUCUAAUGUCCUAUCUGUUCCUCUACUGUCCUAUCUGUUCCUCUACCGUCCUAUCUGUUCCUCUACCGUCCUAUCUGUUCCUCUACUGUCCUAUCUGUUCCUCUACCGUCCUAUCUGUUCCUCUACCGUCCUACCUGUUCCUCUACCGUCCUACCUGUUCCUCUACCGUCCUAUCUGUUCCUCUACUGUCCUAUCUGUUCCUCUACCGUCCUAUCUGUUCCUCUACCGUCCUAUCUGUUCCUCUACUGUCCUAUCUGUUACUCUACCGUCCUAUCUGUUCCUCUACCGUCCUAUCUGUUCAAUAAAAACACAAUAUAUUACGAAAGGAGUGAGACUGCCCUAUCCUUAUCCACCAUCCUGAGGACUGCCCUAUCCUUAUCCACCAUCCUGAGGACUGCCCUAUCCUUAUCCACCAUCCUGAGGACUGCCCUAUCCUUAUCCACCAUCCUGAGGACUGCCCUAUCCUGAUCCACCAUCCUGAGGACUGCCCUAUCCUUAUCCACCAUCCUGAGGACUGCCCUAUCCUUAUCCACCAUCCUGAGGACUGCCCUAUCCUGAUCCACCAUCCUGAGGACUGCCCUAUCCUUAUCCACCAUCCUGAGGACUGCCCUAUCCUUAUCCACCAUCCUGAGGACUGCCCUAUCCUGAUCCACCAUCCUGAGGACUGCCCUAUCCUUAUCCACCAUCCUGAGGACUGCCCUAUCCUUAUCCACCAUCCUGAGGACUGCCCUAUCCUGAUCCACCCAUCCUGAGGACUGCCCUAUCCUUAUCCACCAUCCUGAGGACUGCCCUAUCCUUAUCCACCAUCCUGAGGACUGCCCUAUCCUGAUCCACCAUCCUGAGGACUGCCCUAUCCUUAUCCACCAUCCUGAGGACUGCCCUAUCCUUAUCCACCAUCCUGAGGACUGCCCUAUCCUGAUCCACCAUCCUGAGGACUGCCCUAUCCUGAUCCACCAUCCUGAGGACUGCCCUAUCCUGAUCCACCAUCCUGAGGACUGCCCUAUCCUUAUCCACCAUCCUGAGGACUGCCCUAUCCUUAUCCACCAUCCUGAGGACUGCCCUAUCCUUAUCCACCAUCCUGAGGACUGCCCUAUCCUGAUCCACCAUCCUGAGGACUGCCCUAUCCUGAUCCACCAUCCUGAGGACUGCCCUAUCCUUAUCCACCAUCCUGAGGACUGCCCUAUCCUUAUCCACCAUCCUGAGGACUGCCCUAUCCUGAUCCACCAUCCUGAGGACUGCCCUAUCCUGAUCCACCAUCCUGAGGACUGCCCUAUCCUUAUCCACCAUCCUGAGGACUGCCCUAUCCUUAUCCACCAUCCUGAGGACUGCCCUAUCCUUAUCCACCAUCCUGAGGACUGCCCUAUCCUGAUCCACCAUCCUGAGGACUGCCCUAUCCUUAUCCACCAUCCUGAGGACUGUCCUAUCCUUAUCCACCCUCCUGAGGACUGUCCUAUCCUGAUCCACCAUCCUGAGGACUGCCCUAUCCUUAUCCACCAUCCUGAGGACUGCCCUAUCCUUAUCCACCAUCCUGAGGACUGCCCUAUCCUUAUCCACCAUCCUGAGGACUGCCCUAUCCUGAUCCACCAUCCUGAGGACUGCCCUAUCCUUAUCCACCAUCCUGAGGACUGUCCUAUCCUUAUCCACCCUCCUGAGGACUGUCCUAUCCUGAUCCACCAUCCUGAGGACUGCCCUAUCCUGAUCCACCAUCCUGAGGACUGCCCUAUCCUGAUCCACCCUCCUGAGGACUGUCCUAUCCUGAUCCACCCUCCUGAGGACUGCCCUAUCCUGAUCCACCAUCCUGAGGACUGCCCUAUCCUUAUCCACCCUCCUGAGGACUGCCCUAUCCUUAUCCACCAUCCUGAGGACUGCCCUAUCCUUAUCCACCCUCCUGAGGACUGUCCUAUCCUGAUCCACCAUCCUGAGGACUGCCCUAUCCUUAUCCACCAUCCUGAGGACUGUCCUAUCCUGAUCCACCAUCCUGAGGACUGCCCUAUCCUUAUCCACCAUCCUGAGGACUGCCCUAUCCUUAUCCACCCUCCUGAGGACUGUCCUAUCCUGAUCCACCAUCCUGAGGACUGCCCUAUCCUUAUCCACCCUCCUGAGGACUGCCCUAUCCUUAUCCACCAUCCUGGGGACUGCCCUAUCCUGAUCCACCAUCCUGAGGACUGCCCUAUCCUUAUCCACCAUCCUGAGGACUGCCCUAUCCUUAUCCACCCUCCUGAGGACUGCCCUAUCCUUAUCCACCAUCCUGAGGACUGCCCUAUCCUGAUCCACCAUCCUGAGGACUGCCCUAUCCUGAUCCACCAUCCUGAGGACUGCCCUAUCCUGAUCCACCAUCCUGAGGACUGCCCUAUCCUUAUCCACCAUCCUGAGGACUGCCCUAUCCUGAUCCACCAUCCUGAGGACUGCCCUAUCCUGAUCCACCAUCCUGAGGACUGCCCUAUCCUUAUCCACCAUCCUGAGGACUGCCCUAUCCUGAUCCACCAUCCUGAGGACUGCCCUAUCCUGAUCCACCAUCCUGAGGACUGCCCUCUCAAUAAUUUUUACUGUAGAGUAACAGAAUGUAAGCUCACGCGAUCAGGUUGCUUGAACGAAGGUAGGACUGCCCCACUCCUUAAAAAUAACAACUUACAAUGUCUGAUCUGUUUUCAGGUUGCUUGGCAACGACGCACUCCAAAGCCAUCCACAAGCUGGAUGUGCCGUCAUUUGAUUGGCCGAUCGCUCCCUUCCCUAAACUGAAGUACCCUCUGGAGGAGUUCACACGGGAGAACGCACAGGAGGAGGCCCGCUGCCUGGAGGAGGUGUGUGUGUGUGUGUGUGUGUGUGUGUGUGUGUGUGUGUGUGUGUGUGUGUGUGUGUGUGUGUGUGUGUGUGUGUGUGUGAGGAUUUAAUAUUUUCCUGAGAAUCUACCCAUUUCCCAGCAUAUAAUACCAGCAAAACAAAUUAGACAUGAUUAUGACACUGCAAAUGGAGACAUAGACAGAUGGAAUGUAAUGGUUUCUUGUUGUAUUUGUUGCAAUUUAAUCAAUCUCAAAGUUCUAAGUCACCACACUAUUUCGCCUAGUUUUAAUGUAGGCCUAUGAAGCACUGUUGGCCGUCUGGUAAAAUAUGAUGAGGUUAUUACAGUCUAGUGAAAGUUACAUUAGUUUUAGCCUACCUUUGACUGCAAGAUGCAGAUGGGUACUUUAACUGAAAGAUGCAGCUGAGUUUUUUUGACUGAAAGAUGCAGCUGGGUCCUUGAACUGAAAGAUGCAGCUGGGUCCUUUGACUGAAAGAUGCAGCUGGGUCCUUUAACUGAAAGAUGCAGCUGGAUUUUUUUGACUGAAAGAUGCAGCUGGGUCCUUGAACUGAAAGAUGCAGGUGGAUUUUUUUGACUGAAAGAUGCAGCUGGGUCCUUGAACUGAAAGAUGCAGCUGGGUCCUUGGACUGAAAGAUAUAGCUGGAUCCUUUGACUGAAAUAUGCAGCUGGGUCCUUUGACUGAAAGAUGCAGCUGGGUCCUUUAACUGAAAGAUGCAGCUGGGUCCUUUGACUGAAAGAUGCAGCUGGGUCCUUUGACUGAAAGAUGCAGCUGGGUCCUUUGACUGAAAGAUGCAGCUGGGUCCUUUGACUGAAAGAUGCAGCUGGGUACUUUUCUCUCCCCUUGAACCUGUCUAUCAGGGGAAUCUGGGAAGGUUGUGGCUGUUUUUACUUCGCUUAUUGUGGUGAUUUUGUCAGAGGGAACAUAUCUGAUUCUCCGCUAAUCAAACAGAUGAGCUGUAGCGAAGAUUCAGUCCCAUGGAUAGCACUGUGGUUCAUCAAUUGCCCGCGUAGCUAAACCCACUGUGAAUCAUGCGCCAUUCUAAGGUUGGCUAUAUUUUACAUUUACAUUUUAGUCAUUUAGCAGACGCUCUUAUCCAGAGCGACUUACAAUUAGUGAGUGCAUACAUUUUUCAUACUGCAUAAAAGCAAACGUUUACUUAUUGCAUUCGUUAUCAGUUGUUGGCAUUCGUUAGCCUAGAAAUCAAUGGUAGGCCUAUUUCUAGCAAUAAAGUCAAUGAUAAUCUCUCAAGGUUUUUGUUUUAAAAUAUGUAUUUAGUCAUUUAGCAUACAAUAAUGAAAUGUGAGCCUUCUGGUUACACAAACAAACAUUUUCAUUAAACUUUCUUGUUCAGAUUUGAGUUCAUUAAAAGACACCCUGUUCUCGCAUUAUUUUUCAACAUGAAAAACAGACUCGGUCAGAAACAGAGUAACUGUAAUUCUAGCUGACUGAUUCUCAAGACCCAGCCAAACAAAUGUAGAAAAGCAUUCUACACAAACUUAGGCUAUAGGCUACGUAAAACGACCUGGUGGGCCUACCCUGUAGCAAACAAAUGAACAAAGUAAAUAAUUUGCAUAUAGGCUGUACCUGUGGCCUCUCAAAAAGCACAGUGCGUCAACGCUUCCUGGUUUCUGAUCUUGGUCACAAAUUGGCCACAGACUGACAAGGCUCUCUCGGCCUCCACGGAGGUGGCCUGGAUCGUGGCAAGUGCCUCAAACCAGUAACAGCUAAUGGGGAUCCUAAUCAAAUAAAAAUAUAAAAUACCAAAAUGACCUGCCUCAAACCGGUGCUGCAGGCAUUUGGACUUGUUUGUUGCUUCAAACAGGCUGAAUUCCUCAGACGGGAUUUUCAGCAGGUCAGUUUUGUAUUUGGCCUCGUUUUGGUAUUUAUUUUGUAUUUUAUUAGGAUCCCCAUUAGCUGUUGCAAAAGCAGCAGCUACUCUUCCUGGGGUCCACACAAAACACGAAACAUGACAUAAUACAGAACAUUAAUAGAUAAGGACAGCUCAAGGACAGAACUACAUCAAUUUAAAAAUGGCACACGUAGCCUAGAUAUCAAUACAUACACACAAACUAUCUAGGUCAAAUAGGGGAGAGGCGUUGUGCCAUUGCUUUAUCUGUUUUUUGAAACCAGGUUUGCUGUUAAUUUGAGCAAUAGGUGAUGGAACGGAGUUCCAUGCAAUAAUGGCUCUGUAUAAUACUGUACGCUAGCUUGAAUUUGUUCUGGAUUUGGGGACUGUGAAAAGACCCCUGGUGGCAUGUCUGGUGGGGUAAGUGUCAGAGCUGUGUGUAAGUUGACUAUGCAAACAAUUUGGGAUUUUCAACACAUUGUUUCUUAUAAAAAGAAGAAGUGAUGCAGUCAGUCUCUCCUCAAGUCUUAGCCAAGAGAUACUGGCAUGCAUAGUAUUAAUAUCAGCCCUCUGAUUACAAUGAAGAGCAAGACGUGCCGCUCUGUUCUGGGCCAGCUGCAGCUUAACUAGGUCUUUCUUUGCAGCACUUGACCACAUGACUGGACAAUAAUCAAGACAAAACUAGAGCCUGCAGGACUUGCUUUGUGGAGUGUGGAGUCAAAAAAGCAGAGCAUCUCUUUAUAAUGGACAGUCCUCUCCCCAUCUUUACAACCACUGAAUCUAUACGUUUUGACCAUGACAGUUUACAAUCUAAGGUAACACCAAGUAAUUUAGUCUCCUCAACUUGUUCAACAGCCACACCAUUCAUUACCAGAUUCAGCUGAGGUCUAGAACUUAAGGAAUGAUUUGUACCAAAUACAACGCUCUUAGUUUUAGAGAUGUUCAGGACCAGUUUAUUACUGGCCACCGAUUCCAAAACAGACUAACUCUUUGUUGAGGGUUUCAGUGACUUCAUUAGCUGUGGUUGCUGAUGCAUAUAUGGUUGACACACACACACACCCUGAGCGUUGAUUAUUGACCAUGCAGAUAGCAGAGCAGAGAGAACCAUAUCGAAGAAACAUUUAGACAUUGCAUAUAAUUUAACAGUUCCAUUUCACGUCACGCUGUUCAUAUAAAUAAUUUAUUAUAAUUGACCGGUUUCUUGGAAUUAUUCAUCCCAGGAAAAGGGACUGGGUUUGGGCGGUAAAUCUCGGUAACCUGUUUCCCGCCAUUAAACCAUAGUGUGUGUGUAUGUUAACCCUGUUUGUGUGUGUGUUAACCCUGUAUCUGUGUGUUAACCCUGUAUCUGUGUGUUAACCCUGUAUCUGUGUGUUAACCCUGUAUCUGUGUGUUAACCCCGUAUCUGUGUGUUAACCCUGUAUAUGUGUGUUAACCCUGUAUCUGUGUGUUAACCCUGUAUAUGUGUGUUAACCCUGUAUAUGUGUGUUAACCCUGUAUCUGUGUGUUAACCCUGUAUAUGUGUGUUAACCCUGUAUAUGUGUGUUAACCCUGUAUCUGUGUGUUAACCCUGUAUCUGUGUGUUAACCCUGUAUAUGUGUGUUAACCCUGUAUAUGUGUGUUAACCCUGUAUCUGUGUGUUAACCCUGUAUAUGUGUGUUAACCCUGUAUAUGUGUGUUAACCCUGUAUCUGUGUGUUAACCCUGUAUCUGUGUGUUAACCCUGUAUCUGUGUGUUAACCCCGUAUCUGUGUGUUAACCCUGUAUCUGUGUAUGUCCCAGGUAGAGGACCUGAUAGUCCAGUGGCGUCAGAAGGGCCGGCCGGUGGCUGGGAUAGUGAUUGAACCCAUCCAGGCUGAAGGAGGAGACAACCACGCAACACCUGACUUCUUCAAGAAGCUACGGAACAUCGCACGCAAGGUAGGCUGGAGAGGGAGGGAGGGGGGAGGGUCAUACACAAGGUAGGCUGGAGAGAGAGGGAGGCAGGGAGGGAGGAGAGUCAUACACAAGGUAGGCUGGAGAGGGAGGGAGGGAGGGAGGGUUAUACACAAGGUAGGCUGGAGAGGGAGGGAGGGAGGGAGGGAGGGAGGGAGGGAGGGAGGGGGGCAGAGUCAUACACAAGGUAGGCUGGAGAGGGAGGGAGGGGGGAGGGUCAUACACAAGGUAGGCUGGAGAGAGAGGGAGGCAGGGAGGGAGGAGAGUCAUACACAGGUAGGCUGGAGAGGGAGGGAGGGAGGGUUAUACACAAGGUAGGCUGGAGAGAGAGGGAGGCAGGGAGGGAGGAGAGUCAUACACAAGGUAGGCUGGAGAGGGAGGGAGGGAGGGUUAUAACCAAGGUAGCUGGAGAGGGAGGGAGGGGGGAGAGUCAUACACAAGGUAGGCUGGAGAGGGAGGGAGGGGGGUUAUACACAAGGUAGGCUGGAGAGGGAGGGAGGGGGGAGAGUCAUACACAAGGUAGGCUGGAGAGGGAGGGAGGCAGGGAGGGAGGAGAGUCAUACACAAGGUAGACUGGAGAAGGAGGGAGGGGGGAGAGUCAUACACAAGGUAGGCUGGAGAGGGAGGGAGGGAGGAGAGUCAUACACAAGGUAGGCUGGAGAGGGAGGGAGGGGGGAGAGUCAUUAACACAAGGUAGGCUGGAGAGGGAGGGAGGGGGGAGAGUCAUACACAAGGUAGGCUGGAGAGGGAGGGAGGGAGGGUUAUACACAAGGUAGACGGAGUGAGGGAGGGGGAAGUCAACCGUAGGCUGGAGAGGUAUAACAAACGAAGGUAGGACGGAGAGGUGAGGGAGGGGAGGGUUAUACACAAGGUAGACUGGAGAGGGAGGGAGGGAGGGAGGGGGCAGAGUCAUACACAAGGUGACACUGAAAUAAAAUCAGUCAAUCAAUCCAUCCAUCAAUCAUAGAAGGAUUAAAACAGAUCAAAUAAUUAUACUGAACUCUCCCUCCCUCCUCCCCCCUCCCCUCCCCCUCCCCUCCCUCCUCCCCUCCAUCCUCCCCUCCCCCCUCUUCCUCCCUCUCUCAGCAUGGCAGUGCGUUCCAUGUGGAUGAGGUGCAGACAGGUGGCGGUGCUACAGGGAAGUUCUGGGCUCAUGAACACUGGGGGAUGGACGACCCUGCUGACAUCGUCUCCUUCAGCAAGAAGAUGCUCACUGGAGGUUUUUACCAUAAAGACGAGCUGCAGGCAGACAAGGUAACACACACACACAGGACACACACAGGACACACACACACAGGACACACACACACAGGACACACACACAGGACACACAGGACACACACAGGACACACAGACACACACAGGACACCCACACAGGACACACACAGGACACACACAGGACACACGCAGGACACACACACACAGGACACACACAGGACACACACACACACAGGACACACACAGGACACACACAGGACACACACACACAGGACACACACACACAGGACACACACACACAGGACACACACAGGACACACACACACACAGGACACACACAGGACACACACACACACAGGACACACACACACACAGGACACACACAGGACACACACAGGACACACACACACACAGGACACACACACACAGGACACACACACGCAGGACACACACACACACAGGACACACACAGGACACACACACACAGGACACACACACACAGGACACACGCAGGACACACACACACGCAGGACACACACACACACGCAGGACACACACAGGACACACACAGGACACACACAGGACACACGCAGGACACACACACACAGGACACACACACACAGGACACACACAGGACACACACACACAGGACACACACACACACAGGACACACACACACAGGACACACACACACAGGACACACGCAGGACACACACACACGCAGGACACACGCAGGACACACACACACGCAGGACACACACACACACGCAGGACACACACAGGACACACAUACGCAGGACAUACACACACAGGACACACACACACAGGACACACACACACGCAGGACACACACAGGACACACACACACGCAGGACACACACACACACACACACACAGGACACACACAGGACACACACACACAGACAGGACACACGCACACAGGACACACAGGCAUAUAAUACGCAAAUACACACAAGAUGCCCUGUACACAUGCAGGCACACACACACACAGGCGUAUAAGGUACACACAGGACACACACAUGCAGACAUACACACACACACAGGACACACACAUGCAGACAUACACACACACACAGGACACACACAUGCAGACAUACACACACACACAGGACACACACAUGCAGACAUACACACACACACAGGACACACACAUGCAGACAUACACACACACACAGGACACACACACAUACACAGGACACACACACACACACAGGACACACACAUGCAGACAUACACACACACAUGCAGACAUACACACACAGGACACACACAUGCAGACAUACACACAUACAAUGUACAGUGAGGGAAAAAAGUAUUUGAUCCCCUGCUGAUUUUGUACGUUUGCCCACUGACAAAGACAUGAUCAGUCUAUAAUUUUAAUGGUAGGUUUAUUUGAACAGUGAGAGACAGAAUAACAACAAAAAAAUCCAGAAAAACGCAUGUCAAAAAUGUUAUAAAUUGAUUUGCAUUUUAAUGAGGGAAAUAAGUAUUUGACCCCUCUGCAAAACAUGACUUAGUACUUGGUGGCAAAACCCUUGUUGGCAAUCACAGAUGUCAGACAUUUCUUGUAGUUGGCCACCAGGUUUGCACACAUCUCAGGAGGGAUUUUGUCCCACUCCUCUUUGCAGAUCUUUUCCAAGUCAUUAGGGUUUCGAGGCUGACAUUUGGCAACAUAAACAUUCAGCUCCCUGCACAGAUUUUCUAUGUGUGGCUAGGCCACUCCAGGACCUUAAUGUGCUUCUUCUUGAGCCACUCCUUUGUUGCCUUGGCCGUGUGUUUUGGGUCAUUGUCAAACUGGAAUACCCAUCCACGACCCAUUUUCAAUGCCCUGGCUGAGGGAAGGAGGUUCUCACCCAAGAUUUGACGGUACAUGGCCCCGUCCAUCGUCCAUUUGAUGCGGUGAAGUUGUCCUGUCCCCUUAGCAGAAAACCCCCCAAAGCAUAAUGUUUACACCUCCAUGUUUGACGGUGGGGAUGGUGUUCUUGGGGUCAUAGGCAGCAUUCCUCCUCCUCCAAACACGGCGAGUUGAGUUGAUGCCAAAGAGCUCGAUUUUGGUCUCAUCUGACCACAACACUUUCACCCAGUUCUCCUCUGAAUCAUUCAGAUGUUCAUUGGCAAACUUCAAACGGGCCUGUAUAUGUGCUUUCUUGAGCAGGGGGACCUUGCGGGUGCUGCAGGAUUUCAGUCCUUCACGGCGUAGUGUGUUACCAAUUGUUUUCUUGGUGACUAUGGUCCCAGCUGCCUUGAGAUCAUUGACAAGAUCCUCCCGUGUAGUUCUGGGCUGAUUCCUCACCGUUCUCAUGAUCAUUGCAACUCCGCGAGGUGAGAUCUUGCAUGGAGCCCCAGGCCGAGGGACAUUGACAGUUAUUUUGUUUCUUCCAUUUGCGAAAAAUUGCACAAACUGUUUUCACCUUCUCACCAAACUGCUUGGCGAUGGUCUUGUAGCCCAUUCCAGCCUUGUGUAGGUCUACAAUCUUGUCCCUGACAUCCUUGGAGAGCUCUUUGAUCUUGGCCAUGGUGGAGAGUUUGGAAUCUGAUUGAUUGAUUGCUUCUGUGGACAGGUGUCUUUUAUACAGGUAACAAACUGAGAUUAGGAGCACUCCCUUUAAGAGUGUGCUCCUAAUCUCAGCUCGUUACCUGUAUAAAAGACACCUGGGAGCCAGAAAUCUUUCUGAUUGAGAGGGGGUCAAAUACUUAUUUCCCUCAUUAAAAUGCAAAUCAAUUUAUAACAUUAUUGACAUGUGUUUUUCUGGAUUAUUUUAUUGUUAUUUUGUCUCUCACUGUUCAAAUAAACCUACCAUUAAAGUUAUAGACUGAUCAUGUCUUUGUCAGUGGGCAAACGUACAAAAUCAGCAGGGGAUCAAAUACUUUUUUCCCUCACUGUAUAACCUUAUUUUGGCUGUGUGUGUGUGUGUGUGUGUGUUUCUUUCCCAGGCCUACCGUAUCUUUAACACGUGGAUGGGCGACCCGUCUAAGAACCUGUUCCUGGCUGAGGUUCUGAACGUGAUCCGCAGAGAGAACCUUCUGGAUGAGGUGACCCGCUCUGGGAAAACUCUCCUACAGGGACUCUACCAACUACAGGUACUAGAUACAGUGACUCUACCAACUAAGGAUAUCCCUAAACAACUACAGGUAGCUAGAUACAGAGACUCUAACCAACCUACAGGUACUACCAGAUAUCAAGAGACCAACCAACUACAGUACCAGAGAUACAGGACUCCUACCAACCUACAGGUACCAUAGAGACUCUACCAACUACGAGUACCAGAGACUCUACCAACUACAUACAGUACCAAGACUCACCCACACAUUUACUCUAUAGACUCUAACCAACUACAUUAACAUAUACUCUACCGCAACUACAGUAGCCCAUAGACUCUACCAACUACAGGUACCAGAGACGCUACCAACACAUGUCCUAGACUUAAUCUAUCCUAACCAACUCCAGUUACUAGCUACAGAGACUCUACCAACUCCAGGCCUGGGAUGUGAGAUGGGGUCGUGGAAGUGUGGAGGGGCUCAUCCUCUACCCUCUCUCCUCCCAUACGUAGACUCUACCAGCUACAGUACUAUAUACAGAGACUUCUACCAACUACAGGUACCAAGACUCUACCACUACACGACAGUAGCCAGAGACUCCUACCAACUACAGGUACUAGAUCAGAGACUCUACAACUAACAUGUACCAUAGACAGAGACUCUACCAACUACAGUACCAGAGACGUAGACUCUACCAACUACAGGUACUAGAUACAUGACAGAGACUCUACCACCUACAGGUCCGCAGUACUCUACCCCUCUACCAACUACAGGUACUAGAUACAUAGACUCUACCAACUACAGGUACCGAGAUACUCGACCAGCUACAGGUACUAGAUACAGAGACCCUACCAACUCCGGUACCAGAGAGCCAGAAGACUCUACCAACCUACAGGACUAGAUACAGAGACUCUAACCAACUACAGGUACCAGAGACAAGCAGACUCUAACCACUACAGGUACUAGAUACCGAGCUCUAAGCUACCACUACAAAGUUACCCCAGAGACUCUACCAGCUAACGGUACUAGAUACAAGAACUCUACCAACUCAGGGUACCAGAGACUCUACCAACUCAGGUACCAGAGACUCUACCACUACAGUACUAGAUACGAGACUCUAUAACCCACACAGUACCAGAUCUCUACCAACUACAAGUACCAGAGACUCUACUCACUACAGGUACUAGAUACAGAGACUCUACCACUACAGGUACCAGAACUCUACCACUAAAGGUACUCAGGACUCUAACCCAACUACAGUACUAGAUAGCAGAGACGAGACUCUACUACCAACUACAGGUAAACCCAGAUACUCUACCACUACAGGUCCAGAGACCUCUAUCUACCAACUACAUGUACCAGAGACUCUACUCACUACAGGUAACGCGAGAGACUCUACCAACUACAGGGAUUAGAUACCGAGACUCUAACCAACUACAGGUACCCAAGAGACAAGACUCUACCAACUACAGGUACCAGAGACUCUAUACCAACUACAGUACUAGAUACAGAUACUCUACCACCUACAGGUACCAGAGACUCUACGCAACUCCAGGUCCAGAGACUCUCCAACUACUACAGUUCCAGAGACUCUAACCAACUACAGGUACAGAGACUCUACCAACUAAGUGACUAGAUACAGAGACGCUACCCCACUACAAAAAAAAAAGGUACCUAGAGACAGAGACUCACCAACUAAACAGGUACCAGAGACUCUACGCCACUACAGGUCUAGAUACAAGAUCUCUCACUCCAGGUCCCACGAGACAGAGACUCUACCAACUACAGUACCAAGAGACUCUACCAACUACAGGUACUAGAUACAGAGACUCUACCGAACUACAGGUACCCAGAUACAUAGACCUCUACCAACUACAGGUACCAUAGACAUAGACUCUACCACUACAGGUACCAGAGACAGAGACUCUACCAACUACAUGUACCAGAGACUACCAACUACGGUACCAUAGAUCUCCACUACAGGUACCAUAGACUACCAACUACAGGUUCCAGAGACUCUAACCAACUACAGUUACUAGAAACAGAGACUUCACCAACUACAGGUACCAGAUACUCUAACCAACUAACAGUUACUAGAACGAGACUGGCUACCAACUACCGAUGUACCUAGAGACUCUACCAACUCCAGUACCAGCGACAUAGACUCUACCAACUACAGUCCCAGAGACCGAGACUCUCCGAACUACAGGUACUUAUACAGAGACGCUACCAACUACAGGUAACCGAUAGACUCUACCACUACAGGUACCAAUACUCUAACUACAACUACAGGUACUAGAUCGAGACUCUACGGCAUCUACAGGUACCAGAGACGCUACCUAACUACAGGUCCCAGAGACUCUACCUAACUCCAGGUAACAGAUACAGAGACUCUACCCUACAGGUACCAUAGACAGAGACUCUACAACUACAGGUACCAGAGACAGAGAGCUCUAACCAACUACAGGUACCAGCGCACUCUACAACAUACAGGUACUAGAAACGAGACUUACCAACUACAGUACCCGAGACUCUAGCCAACUACCGGUCCCAGAGACUCUAGACCAACUACAGGUACCAUAGACUCUAAAACCACUAAUAAGGUACUAGAUACAGAGACUCUAAGCACUACAGGUACCAGAUACGCACCAACUACAUGUACCCAGAUACUCUAACUCUACCACUACAGGUACCAGAGACUCUACCAACUACAGGUACCAGAGACUCUACCAACUACAGGUCCCAGGACUCUUACCAACUACAGGUACCAGGACUCUACCAACUACAGUACCAGAGACUCUACCACCUACAGUACCCAGAGACUCUACCAACUACAGGGACAGAGACUCUACCAACUACAGGUACCAGAGACAGAUACUCUACCCCUACAGGUACCAUAGACAGAGACGCUCAAACCACUACAGGUACCAGAUACUCUACCAACUACAGGGACUAGCUACAGAGACUCUAAGCUACCAACUACAGUACCAUAGACCUACAACUACAGGUACUAGAUAUAACAACAGAGACUCUACCAACUACAGGUACCCUAGAGACAGAGACUCUACCACUACAUUGUUAUAUCUAGAUACAGAGACUCUUCUAACCAACUACAGGUACGCAGGCACUCUACAACUACAGUACCAAGACUCUAACCACCUACAGGUACUAGAUACAGAGACUCUACCAGCUACAGGUACCAGAGACAGAGACUCUACCACUACGGUACCAGAGACAGAGACUCUCCACUACAGGUUACCAGAUACUCUAACCAACUACAGGUACAGAUACAGAGACUCUAACCAACACAGGUACCUCGAGACUCUACAACUACAGGACCAAGACGCUACCAACUAGCAGGUACCAGAGACUCUACCACUACAGGUACUAGAAUCAGAGACUCUACCACUACCGUCCCAGAGACCUUCCUACCAACUACCUGUACCAGCGACUCUAAAAACCAACUACAGGUACCAGAGACUCUAACCAACUACAGGUACCGAUAAGACUCUAACCACUACCACUACAUGUAUCUAGAUACAGAGACUCUAACCAACUACAGGUACAGAGAACUCUACCAACUACGGUACUAGAUACAGAGACUCUACUACAACUACAGGUACCCAGAGACUCUACCAACUACAGGUACCCACAGAGACUCUACCAACUACAGGUACUAGAUAUCAGAGAACUCUACGCACUACAGGUACCAGAACUCCUAACAACUACAUGUACUAGAUACAGAGACCUACAACUACAGUACAGAGACUCUAACACUCCGGUACCCCAGAGACUCUACCCACUACAGGUACUAGAUACAGAGACUCUACCAACGACAGGUUACGCAGAGACUCUACCAACUACAGGGACCUAGGAGACGCUACCACUACAGGUACUAGAUUAAAGAGACUCUACACGACAGGGUACCAAGACUCUACACUCCAGGUCCAGAACUCUAACCAACUACAGGUACCAGAUACGAGACCUAGCACUACAUGUACUAGAGACAGAGACUCUACCAACUACAGGUAUCUAGAUACAGAGACCUCCGAACCUACAGUUCAUAGACUCUAACCAACUACAGUUACCUCAGGACUCAAAUACCAACUAUCAGGACUAGAUCCAGAGACUCUACCAACUAAAGGGACUAGAUACGAGACCGACCACUACGGUACCAGAGACUCUACCAACUACAGGUACCAUAGACUCUCAUCCAACUACACAGUACCAGAGACUCUUCUACCAACUACAGGUACCAGAGACUCUACCACUACAGGUACAGAGACUCUCCACACAGUACCAGAGAACUCUAACAACUCCGGUACUAGAAACCGGACUCUACAAACUACAGGUACCAGAGACUCUACCAACUACAUACCAAGACUCUACCCAACUAGCAGGUACCAGAGACUCUACCAACUACAGUACCCCAGAGACUCUACCAACUACAGGUACCGAGAGACUCUACCAACUAAAGGUACCGAGACUCUACAACUACGGUACUAGAUACAGAGCUCUACCAACUACAGUUACCAGAUACUCUACCAACUACAGUACCAGAUUACCUAUACCAACUACGGUACCAGAUACUCUACCAACUACGGUACUCAGAGACUCUACCAACUACAGGUACUCCCGAGAGACUCUAUCACAACUACAGGUACCAGAGACGCUCCCAACUACAGGUACCAGAGUACUCUAGCCAACUACAGGUACCAGAGACUCUACCACUACAGUACCAGAGACUCUACCAACUACAGGGUACCAGGAGACAGAGACUCUACCAACUACAGGUACCAGAGACGAGACUCUACCAACUACAGGUACAGAGACCGAGACUCUACCACUACAGGUACCAGAGACUCUACCAACACAGUACAGAGACUUACAACUACAGGAUAGAUACGAGACUAACCAACCUACAGGUACCAGAGACAGAGACUCUACCAACUACAGGUACCAGAGACAGAGACUCUACCAACUACAGGUACCAGAGACUACCAACUACAGGUACUAGAUACAGAGACUCUACCAACUACAGGUACCAGAGACUCUACCAACUACAGGUACUAGAUACAGAGACUCUACCAACUACAGGUACCAGAGACUCUACCAACUACAGGGACUAGAUACAGAGACUCUACCAGCUACAGGUACCAGAGACUCUACCAACUACAGGUACCAGAGACUCUACCAGCUACAGGUACCAGAGACUGUGUGUGUGUGUGCUAACAUCUGUACCUCUCCCCCAGGACCAGUACCCUAACCUGUUGAGCAGUGCUCGGGGACAGGGGACAUUCUGUGCCAUCGACAUCCGUGAUGACGCCACACGCAACAGCAUCAUCCUCAAAGCCCGGGACAAGGGUAAGACACACUACACACACACACACACACACACACACACACACACACACACACACACACACUCCACGCUGGUGAUCUUCUGUGUAACCUCUAUCGUCUCUGUCUGUCUGUCUCAGGUGUCCUGCUGGGUGGCUGUGGAGAUCGGUCGAUCCGGUUCCGUCCUGCUCUGGUGUUUAAGGAGUACCAUGUUCACAUGUUCCUGAACGUGUUCAACGACGUCCUGGCAGAACACACC